AUGGAGUAUGAACUAUAUGAUUAUGUAAAGGAUCAAUUGGAAAAGCACAUCUUUUUCAUUUCUGACAAUUAUCAAGAAACCGUAACUUCCCCUGAAAGAAGUCAGCAUUGGUCACUCUCAUUUUCACAACUGGAGGAUUCUCAAGGAAAUAAUUCACAAGAUUUGAAACACAACACUAUUUUUCACGGAAAUACACAAGCAUUACAAAGUGACAUUUGGAAGAAUAAAUUGUGUUUCCUGAUGUAUAUAUUACAGAAUAUGAGAGUAAAGAGUGCUUCAGUGCUCUAUGAACAAAUGAGAUUGUGGAGCCAUGAAAAAGGUACUGAAGGUCAUCAAGGGGAAGGAUACUCCUCUCAAAACGUAUGGCAUUUCCCACAGCAAAACCUACUCAGUGACGAGUUAUAUGAUGUAGAUCAACAUAAGAAAGAAUCUAUGAAUGCAAUGAAUCAUGGAAGAUAUAAUGUGGGAGAGACACCUUACAAAUGUAAUGAAUGUGGAAUAUUCUUUACCUGCUCCUCAAGACUUAAAGUUUACCAUGAAAACUGUACAGGAGAAAGACUUCAUAAAUUUAGUAACUGUAGAAAAUCAUUUUCACAGUCCUCAAAAUUUCAAGUUCACUACAGAAUUGACUCAGUAGAGAAACCUUACAAAUGUAACAAAUGUGGGAAAUUUUUUACACAGAACUCAGGCCUUAAAGUUCACUACAGAAUCCAUACAGGAGAGAAGCCUUACAAAUGUAAUAAAUGUGGGAAAUCUUUUACACAGCACUCAGACCUUAAAGUUCACUACAGAAUCCAUACAGGAGAGAAGCCUUACAAAUGUAAUGAAUGUGGGAUCUUUACACAGAACUCAAAACUUCAAGUUCACUACAGAAUCCAUACAGGAGAGAAACCUUACAAAUGUAAUGAAUGUGGGAAAUCUUUUACACAGAACUCAGAGCUUAAAGUUCACUACAGAAUUCAUACAGGAGAGAAGCCUUACAAAUGUAAUGAAUGUGGGAAAUCUUUUACAUGGAACAAAGUGCUUAAAGUUCACUACAGAAUCCAUACAGGAGAGAAACCUUACAAAUGUAAUGAAUGUGGGAAAUCUUUUACAAUAUCCUCAAAACUUAGUCACUACAGAAUCCACACAGGAGAAAAACCUUAUAAAUGCAAUGAAUGUGGGAAAUCUUUUACACGGAACUCAGUCCUUAAAGUUCACUACAGAAUCCACACUGGAGAGAAACCUUACAAAUGUAAUGAAUGUGGGAAAUCUUUUACACAGAAUUCAGAACUUAAAGUUCACAACAGAACCCAUACAGGAGAGAAGCCUUACAAAUGUUCUGAAUGUGGCAAAUCUUUUACACAGAACAAAGUGCUUAAAGGUCACUACAGAAUUCAUACAGGAGAGAAACCUUGCAAAUGUAAUGAAUGUGGGAAAUCUUUUGUACAGUACUCAGAGUUUAAAUAUCACUCCAGAAUCCAUACAGGAGAGAAGCCUUACAAAUGUUCUGAAUGUGGCAAAUCUUUUACAAGGUACACAUACUUUAAAGUUCACUAUAGAAUCCAUACAGGAGAAAAACCUUACAAAUGUAAUGAGUGUGACAAAUCUUUUACACAAUCCUCUACACUUCAAGUUCACUAUAGAAUCCAUACAAGAGAGAAGCUGUAG